CUCUUCGUCUUCCCCCAGUGCGCCCCCCCCCCCUCUUCUACGUGAUACUAGCCUCAUCUCCGCAGCCCAUACCAUCCCGGAUGAUUCAAAUUGCCCACUAGACAUGGGCGACUCGAUACGCACUCUCCCGGGGGACCGAUAGUCUUCUUGCAACCUCCCCUGAAAGAGGGGCUCGGCUCGGGCGAAGCUUUCUGGCGCUCAUAAACCCCGGCUUGGCGCCGACAGCUAAGAGCUCUUCGCAGCCCGCCGGUCUCUCCCAACAACGGACAUCGUUCGUCCCUCCUUACUCACUCUACAUCCGAUCCUUCAGUCCGUCGCCAUGCUGUACCGCCAUCUACUGCCACUGGCGCUCUGCCUCGCCGGGUCUGCGUCCGCCGCGUGCGGCCAGAGAUGCGUCAUCGCCUCCUCCGGCAACUCAACGUCGGACGCGGCCGCCAUCGCCGACGCGUUCGUGAAGUGCGCCAGCGACGCUGAGAUCGUCUUCAGCGAGGGCGUCGAAUACAAGGCAUUCGAGCCCGUCGUCGCUACCAAGCUGUCCAACGUCGUCAUCACCGUCGCCGGCAACCUGAGUCUCCCGCAGGACAUCCCCGCAAUGCAGAAGCUCGUCGAGCUCAAGGGCGGCUCGCUCACAUGGUUCCAGAUCGGUGGCACCAACGUGAAAUGGAUCGGCUCGUCAGAACCCGACGCCGGUUGGAUCAAGUCGUAUGGGCAGGCCUGGUGGGAUCUCAACAAGCCCGGUGAGGCCGGUACGCCCAACCGGCCUCACCUGAUGCAGUUCAGCGUCACGAAUGGCGUGAUGAGAAACAUGAAGUCGCUGAAGCCCAUCGGCUGGAACUUCUCAAUCAAGGGCAAGAACAUCACCAUCGCCAACACGGUCAUCGACGCGCGGUCCGAGAGCAGCAGCUUCCCUUUCAAUACGGACGGGUUCGACGUCGGCGCCACCGAUGUCACCAUCACCAAUAGCAACAUCUUCAACGGCGACGACGCCAUUGCCAUUAACGACGGCGCCAAGAACGUGCUCUUCCAGGACGCGACCAUUGGGUUCGAGACGCACGGCAUGAGCGUCGGCUCUCUAGGCUCCAAGCCCGCGUCCCCGGCCGACGUGCAGAACAUCCGCUUCGAGGACGUCACCGUACGGGGCGGUCUGUACGCCGCCCGAUUCAAGAGCUGGAUCGGAGGACAGGGCCUGGCGAAGAACAUCACCUGGAGCAAUAUCCGCGUCGACAACGUCACGUUUCCCAUAUUCGUCACGCAGACCUACUACAACCAGGCCAGCGUCAGCGGCGAAAGACCCAACAACUCGUCCGUCAUGAUGGAGGACUUCACCUGGGAGCACUUCUCUGGCAACAUCAACACCUACAACCCCGGGGACGGGUCGUGCACCACCAACCCUUGCUGGUACAACGCCGGGCUCGGGAACCUCACGCACUCGGAAGCCAUCAUCAUCGAGUGUAACACGGAGAAGUCCUGCAAGAACUUCCGCACGAAGGACAUCAAGGUCGAGCCCCAAAGCAAGACGGUACCGAAAGUCAUCUGCAUGAACGCGAUGCCUGAUUUGAACCCCAAGCUGGGGUUCGAGUGCGCCAACGGCACGUUCGUCGCUUCGCGCUAGGAUGACAGUUAAUAGUCGCGGACCAUUCUCGUAUUGUAGUUAAUUCCGUCAUAGUCUACGACAUCAAAACCUAACAUGAUGCGGAUUUUCAUGACAAUCACAGCCUUAUGUUCACUUGAUCGCCCGAUGCCGUCCCUUUUGUCCGAAGCAUAACUUUUUCGCCUCAAGUGACUUACUACAGUUUCUGUUCGGUGUAACCGCCGUAUGCCCGUCUACCACUUCUCUUCGGGUCCACCAACUCA